AUGGGGACUCCCAAGGCCCAGCAUCAACCGCCUCCCCAGCUGCUGUUCCUAAUUCUGCUGAGCUGCCCCUGGAUUCAGGGUCUGCCGGUGAAAGAGGAGGAGGCACUGCUGGAGCCUGGAAGCGAGACCCCCACGGUAGCCUCGGAGGCCCUGGCCGAGCUGCUCCACGGGGCCCUGCUGAGGAGGGGCCCAGACAUGGGCUACCUGCCAGGAUCUGAUCCAGACCCCACGCUAGCCACCCCUCCAGCCGGCCAGACUCUUGCAGCACCCUCUUUGCCUCGGGCCACUGAGCCAGGGACAGGGCCUCUGACAACAGCCGUAACCCCUAAGGAGGGUAGGGGGACAGGCCCCACCGCGCCGGAGCUGCUGACCCCGCCCCCAGGAACUACAGCCCCGCCCCUUUCUGGUCCCGCCUCCCCAGGCCCGCCCCUUGGGCCUGAGGGAGGAGAGGAGGAGACAACGACCACCAUCAUCACCACAACAACCGUCACCACCACGGUGACCAGCCCAGUUUUAUGUAAUAACAACAUCUCCGAAGGUGAAGGGCAUAUUGAGUCUCCAGAUUUAGGGAGCAGCACCAGCCGCACCUUGGGGCUCCUGAACUGUACCUACAGCAUCCAUGUCUACCCUGGCUAUGGCAUUGAGAUCCAGGUGCAGACACUGAACCUGUCUCGGGAGGAGGAACUCUUGGUGCUGGCUGGUGGGGGAGACCCAGGCCUGGCCCCCCGAUUCCUGGCCAACUCCUCGAUGCUGGGAGAAGGACAGGUCCUCCGGAGCCCAACCAACCGGCUGCUCCUGCAAUUCCAGAGUCCCCGAGUCCCAAGGGGCGGUGGCUUCAGGAUCCAUUAUCAGGCCUACCUUCUGAGCUGCGGCUUCCCUUCCCGGCCGGCCCAUGGGGAUGUGAGUGUGACCGAUCUGCAUCCUGGGGGCACGGCCACCUUUCACUGUGAUUCAGGCUACCAGCUGCAUGGGGAAGAGACCCUCGUCUGCCUCAAUAGCACCCGGCCAGCCUGGAGCGGUGAACCCCCCAGUUGCAUGGCAUCCUGCGGCGGCACCAUCCACAAUGCUACACUGGGCCGUAUCGUGUCACCUGAGCCCGGGGGAGCUGCAGGGCCCAACCUCACCUGCCGCUGGGUCAUCGAAGCAGCUGAGGGACGCCGGCUGCACCUGCAUUUCGAGAGGGUCUCGCUGGAUGAGGACAAUGACCGGUUAAUGGUGCGCUCAGGGGGCAGUCCCCUGUCCCCGGUGAUCUAUGACUCUGACAUGGACGAUGUCCCCGAGCGGGGCCUCAUCAGUGACGCCCAGUCCCUCUAUGUGGAGCUGCUUUCAGAGACACCUGCCAAUCCCCUGCUGCUAAGCCUCCGGUUUGAAGCCUUUGAGGAAGACCGCUGCUUCGCCCCCUUCCUGGCGCAUGGCAACGUCACCACCACCGACCCCGAGUACCGCCCAGGGGCGCUGGCUACCUUCUCGUGCCUCCCAGGAUAUGCCUUGGAGCCCCCUGGCCCACCCAAUGCCAUCGAAUGUGUGGACCCCACAGAACCCCACUGGAAUGACUCGGAGCCAGCCUGUAAGGCCAUGUGCGGAGGGGAGCUGUCGGAGCCAGCUGGUGUGGUCCUCUCUCCAGACUGGCCCCAGAGCUACAGCCCCGGCCAGGACUGCGUGUGGGGCCUACACGUCCAGGAAGAGAAGCGCAUCUUGCUCCAAGUUGAGAUCCUGAAUGUGCGCGAAGGGGACAUGCUGACACUGUUCGACGGGGACGGUCCCAGCGCCCGAGUCCUGGCCCAGCUGCGGGGACCCCAGCCGCGCCGCCGCCUCCUCUCCUCUGGGCCCGACCUCACGCUGCAGUUCCAGGCGCCGCCCGGGCCCCCCAACCCCGGCCUGGGCCAGGGUUUCGUGUUGCACUUCAAAGAGGUCCCCCGGAACGACACGUGCCCUGAGCUGCCGCCCCCCGAGUGGGGCUGGAGGACGGCUUCCCACGGGGACCUGAUCCGGGGCACCGUGCUCACCUACCAGUGCGAACCUGGCUAUGAGCUGCUGGGCUCCGACAUCCUCACCUGCCAGUGGGACCUGUCCUGGAGCGCGGCCCCACCCGCCUGCCAAAAGAUCAUGACUUGUGCUGACCCCGGUGAGAUCACCAAUGGGCACCGCACCACCUCGGACGCUGGCUUCCCUGUUGGCUCCCAUGUCCAGUACCGCUGUCUGCCGGGGUACAGCCUUGAGGGAGCAGCCGUCCUCACCUGCUACAGCCGGGACACGGGCACGCCCAAAUGGAGCGACCGGGUCCCCAAGUGUGCCCUGAAGUAUGAGCCGUGCCUGAACCCCGGGGUGCCGGAGAACGGCUACCAGACACUGUACAAGCAUCACUACCAGGCGGGCGAGUCUCUGCGCUUCUUCUGCUACGAGGGCUUCGAGCUCAUCGGCGAGGUCACCAUCACCUGUGUGCCCGGCCACCCCUCGCAGUGGACCAGCCAACCCCCACUCUGCAAAGUGGCCUAUGAGGAGCUCCAGGACAACCGAAAACUGGAAGUGACCCAAACCACAGACCCAUCAAGACAGCUGGAGGGCGGGAACCUCGCCUUGGCCAUCCUGCUGCCCCUCGGCUUGGUCAUUGUCCUCGGCUGUGGCGUUUACAUAUACUACACCAAGCUGCAGGGAAAAUCCCUCUUCGGCUUCUCGGGCUCCCAUUCCUACAGCCCCAUCACCGUGGAGUCGGAUUUCAGCAAUCCCCUGUAUGAAGCUGGGGACACACGGGAGUAUGAAGUUUCCAUCUGA